GCGAGCGCCUUGCUGUUGCCUAGAGACCACCGACCAAUGAGGACCUCGGAUCUGAGCGCGGACACGCGGGGUUUGUUUUUGCUCGUUGAGCGACAGUAGCCGUUCCUUGGAAGUGAAAUCUUCGCGUUUGGAUCUGCAAUUCGAUCGCAAUGAGUCUGUCUCUGAGAACCGACCAGGCCGACAAAAACAAGCCUAAUAAGAGGAGGGAGCUCACCGAGGAGCAGAAGCACGAGGUCAAGGAGGCCUUCGACCUGUUUGACACGGACAAGGACCGACAGAUCGAUUAUCACGAGCUGAAGGUGGCGAUGCGCGCCCUGGGCUUUGAAGUGAAGAAGAUGGACGUCCUGAAGAUCCUGAAGGACUACGACAGAGACGGGAACAGGAAGAUCACCUUUGAGGACUUCAGUGAAGUAGUGACGGACCGCAUCCUGGAGCGGGACCCGAAGGAGGAGGUCCUGAAGGCCUUCAAGCUGUUCGACGACGACGAGUCCGGGAGGAUCAGCCUGAGGAACCUGAGGAGGGUCGCCCGAGAGCUCGGCGAGGACAUCAACGACGAAGAGCUGCGCAGCAUGAUCGACGAGUUCGACACCGACAGAGACGGAGAGAUAAACCAGGAGGAGUUCCUCGCCAUCAUGACCGCAGACUCCUGAGGAGGAGCCCGGAACGCCUUCUGAGCUGGACCCAGACGUUUCUCCACAGAGCCAGUGGACGCCCCCUCAGAGCCCGUGAGUCUGAAUCCCGCUGGACAUGAGAAGACUUUCCAACAGUAAAAACUGGACUGACUUUCUGUAAAGAUCAAGAUUUAAGUCGAUCUUGACUUUUGAACUGUUUGUGUGAGUGUUUUAUUUAUUUUUCAUAAAAUAAAGAGUGUUUUCCCCAACAAA